AUGGAGGGGUUAAGGCCGCCAAUUAAUCUGAUUUUAUCAGGGUCAUCAGAAAACUUUUAUACGUUUAAAAGAAAAUUUUUAAAUUACAUAGAAGCUGCGGGCUUGACUGAAAAGUCAGAGGAGCGAAAAAUGGCGUUGUUUCUGAAUUUAGCGGGGGAUGACGCCAUGGAUGUCUAUACCACGUCGAUGGAAUGUUUAAAGGUAAAAAGCUUAGAAAAACUCUUAGAAUUAUUUGAAAAGCACAUAAAACCGAGAAAAAACAUAAUCGCUAACAGUUAUAAGUUUUUUAACAUGUCGCAAGCCGAAGGGGAGACCUUUGAGCACUAUGUAACAGAAUUAAAGAAACAAGCUAAACUAUGUGAGUUCAAAGAAGAAGACAGGCUUGUGAGGGACAUGAUAGUGAUUGGAAUAAAGGACAAAGGUGUACAAGAAAGGUUACUACGGGAGAGUGACUUAACUUUGGAUCAAGCCAUCCAGUUUGGAAGAGCAGCAGAAAUAGGGAAGAUACAGGUAGGAGCAUUAAAUGAAAAGAAAGAAAUAGACAGUAUACAUAAACAGAGAGUAAACUACAGGAAGGAGAAGAAGAACUACAGAAAUAACUGUGGGAAAUGUGGUAAAGUACAUGAACCGAGAAAAUGUUCAGCGUUUGGUAAAAAGUGUGUGUUGUGCAAUAAACUGAAUCACUUCGCUGUGAUGUGUAGGAAUAAAAACAUACACAGGAAGAAGAAGCAGGCGUACAGCUUGGAAAAGGAGGAAAAUAAAAGUGAAAGUGACAGCGAUCAUAAUUAUACAAUAGGAAGUUUAAACUAUAUAGACAAUAUUAAGUUACAGUGGAGAGAAAAAAUAAAUAUUCUAGGUUUAAAUAUAGAGUUUAAGCUAGACACGGGUGCGGACUGUAAUACAUUGUCUUUAAAGUUGUUCAAGUGUAUUAAUAAAAAUAAUAAGUUAAGUUUGAAACAAACACCUGCUAUUCUUGUUGUUUAUAAUGGAGAGAGAAUUAAGACAGCGGGACAAGUAGAACUAAGCUGUGUUGUAAAAGGGGUAAAUAAAAAGGUAUGUUUUACUGUAAUUGAUUUAGAUGUACAACCUGUAAUAGGACUACCAGAUUGUAUUAGGUUAAACUUGUUAAAAAGGAUUGAUGAAAUACAAAGUGAUAAGUUGACAGAAAAGGAAAAAUUUAUAAAAGAUAAUAAAGAUAUUUUUCAGGGUCUAGGGACGAUAGGUACUUACCAAAUAAAAAUUUUAGAUGAUGCAAAACCUGUUGUUAAACCUAUAAGACGAAUACCUUUAGCCAUAAAAGAUAGACUUAAGGAAACAUUAAAUAAUUAUGAAAACAGGAAUAUUAUAGAGCGGGUAGAAGGUCCUACUGAGUGGUGUAAUAACCUAGUUAUAGUGGAAAAACCAGAUAAAUCUUUGAGGUUAUGUUUAGAUCCUAAAGAGCUUAAUGAGUAUAUAGUAAGAGAGAGAUAUUUUAUUCCAUCUCCAGAAGAAAUUUAUAAUAACUUAGCAGGUAAGAAAGUGUUUACUGUUUUAGAUAUGAAAGAUGGAUUUUUUCAGAUAAUGUUAAGUGAUAAGGAUAAAUUGUGUACUUUUGGCACUCCAUAUGGUAGAUAUAGGUUUAAGAGGUUACCGUUUGGUAUAUCAUCUGCUCCAGAAGUUAUGCAAAGAACAAAUACUAACAUUUUUGGAGAUAUUAAAGGAGUAGAAAUAUACUAUGAUGAUAUAAUAAUAGCAGGGAAAAAUAACUCUGAGCAUGAUGAUAUAUUAAAUAAAGUGAUAGAAAGAGCCAGAAAAUAUAAUGUAAAAUUUAAUAAAAAUAAAAUACAAUAUAAGUCGGACCAUGUUAAGUAUGUGGGUUUAAUAGUAUCACAGGAAGGUAUACAAGUUGAUCCCGAUAAUGUAAAAGCUAUAUUAGAGUUGAAGGAGCCUAGUAAUGUAAAACAGCUACAAAAAUUUUUAGGCAUGUGUAACUAUUUGAGUAGAUUUAUACCUCAUUAUUCUGUAAUUACAGAACCUUUAAGAAACUUACUUAAAAAAGAUGUUGUGUGGGAGUGGUCUGAACCACAAGAUAAAGCAUUUAAAGAAUUAAAAACCAAGUUAAGUAAUACACCUACACUAGCUGUCUUAAACAGUAAAGGUUCUAUAGUGUUGCAAACUGAUAGUUCUAAAUCUGGUAUGGGAGCGUGUUUGUUACAAAAUGGUAAACCUAUUUCUUUUUACUCAAGGGCUUAUACCGAAUGUCAAACUAGAUGGGCACCAAUAGAAAAAGAAUUAUUCGCUAUCUGUGUUGCAUUAGAUAAAUAUCAUCAGUUCGUGUACGGCAGGAACAUAACAGUGGAGACUGAUCAUAAACCCUUGGUCACAAUAAUUAAUAAAGAUAUAAAUAAAAUAAGUGCUAGACUACAGCACUACUUGUCAAGAAAUUAUAUAAAAAAUAAUGCUGAGAUAGAUCCAACAACACAGGAGAUAGUGCAUUGCUUUGAAACAGAUUUAGCUAUAACAGAUAGUAAAUUAGAAAUUUUAAAAGAAUAUAUACAUGUAAAAGAUAAUAUAGUGUACUUACAGAAUAAAGUAGUUAUACCAAAACAUGUAAGAAAAGAAAUGCUUAGGAUUAUACAUACAGGACAUACAGGUAUAGUGAAGUGUAAAAAGAGAGCUAGAAAUGUUAUGUAUUGGCCGGGAAUGUCACAAGAUAUAGAGAGGUUUGUGUUGUCAUGUAGUUCUUGUGAAAAGUAUAGACCGUCUAAUAGUAAAGAACCUCUUAUGUCUCAUGAUAUUCCUAGCUUACCGUUCUACAAGAUAGGUCAAAAUGUUGUGGUGCAGAAUAGACCAAACAGGGUGUGGUAUCCAGGCAAAAUUAUAAAGCCAGAGGGCCCGAGAUCUUUUAUUGUCAAAAGGGAGGAUGGAACAGAAGUCAGGAGGAAUCAAAAGCACAUAAAUUAUUCACCUAAUCAAUUUAAUGUCAAAUCAGAAAUAUUUAAUACUCCGUUGAUUACUGUUCCUUCACAAAAUAGUAAGAGUUCUGAAAAUGUUGGUCAUAAAGUCAGUAGGUAUGGUAGAAUAAUAAAACAACCCUCAUACUUCAAAGAUUACACACAAUAG